CUCGGAUUCGCAGACCAAGACUCCAAGAGUUCAAUGAGACGUUCCCAGUCUCCUCAAGGAGGCGCAAGAUGUUGCACGCUCCGUAGGGCGGUGCUCAACUGGGCUACUACUAGUAGUACCUACCGGGUUACUAAGGCGUGUUGUCGCACGCGCGCGGCAUUGUAUGUGUGUACGGCUUGGGAAUGCAUCUGGAAGAAGCGGUUAACCAGGUCCCAGUGUCGGGAAUGGCUGUCCGUAUACGGGACACCAGGCGUCUGUGAGUCCUCUUAAGCCUUGC